UAUAGGCCACCUUUGGUUGGCCAUGUCGGCGCUUUCCUUUCAACUCGGUAACUGCUAUUUGGCCUUUAUGCCAUCCAGCACACACGGCGUAUUUGCUGCAUUGGCUGUGCCUCUGGAGCUGCCACAUCGCAACGUCUUCGUCUCCUACAACUUUGAGGCGAAUUACAAUUCACCCUACAACUGGAGCAAACCGACCUUAUUUCAAAAUGGUCCCAUAGAAUCUGAAGAGGUUGAGCUAUCGCGUAAGAAUAAUCAUGCAGCAAAAUCUACUCGGAAGCAGCAGGAAGAGAUGAAGGAACAGUCAGAAGAGCAGGAGCAAAAUGACAGUGGAGAGGAGGAGCAGGAAACAAUGACGACGAGCAUGCCCAACGAUAGGUUCAAGCGAGAGAGAAGAGAGCUGCUCAGUCGCUCAAAUAUUUAUCACAUAUUGAUGGACAAGUUUCAGAGGAGCGGCUUUGCGGGCGAGUCGUGUUUGCUGCGUCUCAUCUGUGAGAUCAAUGCCGCUGAGCUAGGCGAAGGUAAUGGCGUGCUGGGCAGCCUAAUGCAUGUGAUCUUCAGUCCCAGCACAUCGGAGCCGGAACAGCUGCCACUGCGUUUCUAUCAGGCGGAACACGAUGGUUGGCAGGAUCAUUGUCAUUACUACGAGCACAAUUGUGACAAGAGCUUGCUCCAACUGAUUUCAGAACCCUUUGAGGAGAUCUUCCGACGCAUCGAGAGCAAUGAAAUGUAUUCAUAGCGAAA